CCAGCUCUUAGGCGUGUCCCGCAAACUGCCGCGGUGUUUUUGUCGUUAUUAUCAUUUAUCAUUCAUUUAUCAUCUUGUUGUUCAUCGAAUUGCUUCUUGGCUUGCUUUUUAUCACAUUCGUUACCAGUGUUUGAGUUUCUGUUGUCUCCUGCUCUCCACACGCUCAAAAAUACCUACCAGCAAACCAGCAUGGCUGAUAAGCUGGUAGAAAAGUUGGCUGGAGCGACACUUGAUACCACCGCCACCACACUCAGCUUUGCAAACAGGAAUUUGAAACUUGACUCUGAAGAAGAUGCCAAGGAGAUCACUGAUGCAAUUAAAAAUUUUAAGAGCCUCAAGUCUCUGGUCCUGGAAGGCAACACCCUAGGUAUUGGUGCUGCCAAAGCAAUUGGAAAAGCUUUGGAGAGCCAUCCAGAAGUACAAGAAAUUCACGGAAAGGAUCUCUUCACAGGAAGACUGAAAACAGAGAUCCCACAGGCACUGAGCUACAUCGGCAAUGGUCUUAUGCUGGCUGAGGCCGAGCCAGAGCCCAAUGGAGGCUCACCGACGCACGUGGGCAGCGGUCUGAUGCUGGCCGGCGCGCGGCUCACCGUGCUCGACCUGAGCGACAAUGCCGUCGGUCCGGUCGGCAUGGACGGCCUGCACGUGCUGCUCACUAGUCCGGUGUGCUACACGCUGCAGCGGCUGCUGCUCAACAACAACGGAUGGGGACCCACCGGAGGAGUGCGUCUGGCCGACUGUCUGAUUGAGUGCCACGAGCGCAGCGUGCGUGACGGCACCCCGAUGAAGUUGCGAGAGUUCGUGUCCGGCCGCAGCCGACUGGAGAACCCGGGCGCUCUCCGGCUGGCCGAGUUCUUCAAGCGUGUGAAGACGAUGGAGAAGGUGGUGAUGCCGCAGAACGGCAUCUACCACGAGGGUGUUCAGGCGCUGGCCGAGGCGCUGAGCGAGAACCCGGCCCUGCAGCAUCUGGAUCUCAACGAUAACCUGCUCACACCCAAAGGAGCGCGGGCUCUGGCCAAAUCGCUACCCAAAAUGGAGGAGCUGCGUGUGCUCAACUUGAACGACUGUUUACUGAGGGCGGCCGGAGCGCGAGCCGUCGCCGCCGCCAUCCGCGGCAACAACCCCAAACUGGAGGAGCUGCACCUGGCGUUUAACGAGGUGACACGCGCCGCGGCCGUGGAUCUGGUUGAGGCAGCCGCCGGCAGGGAGUCCCUCUCACUGGUCCAUCUCGACGGAAACCAGCUGGGAGAGGAGGGCAUUGAGGCCGUGCGAGACGCCGCGGCCGCCGCCGGCCUGGCGGACACACUCGGCGGCUUCAGUGAGGAUGAGGACGAGCCAGACUCUGACGAGGAGCAGGAUGAGGAAGAAGAGGAAGAGGAGGACGGAGAGGGAGCUGAGAGCGAGGGAGAGCAUGUCUCACCCAUGAAGAGAGAGGAGGCGGCUGCCGCCAAACGUCCCGGUAUCACUCCGAUUCAGUGCACGGUGGCGGAGUUCCUGUGUCAGCCGACGGCGGCCCGGCUGCUGGGGCUCGGCGACCAGCGGCAACAGCUGCUCACCAAGGAGGCGCUUAACGUAAAGGAGAUCGGCGACGGCCGGUGCGCGGCCGUGCAGCGCCACCUGCAGCUGCUCUCGGCCGUGUGUAGAGUGGACGCCAGCCAGCCGCCGGUCGACCAACUCCUGCCGCCCCUAGUGGACGCCCUCCUGCGCAGCGCGCUCGACACCGCCGGGGAGGACCUGGGACUGCUCUCCAACUCGCUGCUCGUCUACCUGGGACUGAUCAAGUGCGAGGACAAGCAGUUCUCUGUGAGCUGGGACGUCAAGGGCAUGCUGGUGGCUCUGACGCGGGCGGUGCGUCAGCCCUACUUCCCGGCCACCGUCCGGGACACGCUGCAGACAUUCCUGUCCAGGCCCAACAAGACGGUGGACGUGCACCCGCAGCAGAAGCACCUGUUGAUGCAGGCGCUGUUCCAAUGACGGGCCAGCCGCGCGCCCAGCAAACGCUUCGUACUGUACACCAUCAUGUUCACAUCGUCCGCACCGCGCCCGUCAUGCCAAAUACACUCGUGACUCGAAAA